AUGAGUGGAAGAGGCACCGUGAGCCUGGACCCGAGCAGCGCUCACCCCCUCCUGCUGCUGGCUGCUGAUGGACGGGGUGUGCGCCGCGGGGACGGCUGGAGCCCGGUGCCCGACGGGGCCGAGCGCUUCGACACGGAGCCGUGCGUGCUGGGCACCAGGGGCUUCGCGACCGGGAGGCACCGCUGGGCCGUGGAGGUGGCCGGGGGGGGGCAGUGGUGGGCAAUGGGGGUGGCGCAGGAGUCGGUCAGGAGGAAAGGGGUCCUGAGCUUCAGCCCGCAGGAGGGGAUCUGGGCCGUGGGGCAGUGGUUUGGGCAAUACUUUGCUUUCACUGACCCCGACUGGACCCCCCUGCAGCUCCCCUGCCUCCCCAGGGCCAUCCAGGUGUGCCUGGACCUCACGGACAGGCAGGUGGUGUUUACUGAUGCCGACAGCGAGGCCCCGAUCUUUGCUUUCUGCCUGGGUUUGUGUCCCGGGGAGAGGCUGCGGCCAUGGCUCUGGGUGGGGAUGGACUCGUGGCUCCAGCUGUGGCCCUGAUGUGGAGGAGCAGGUGUGGAGGCCUGGAGAGGAGAACGGCAUCAUCCGGGGCUUGGUGCUGGGGCUGCAGCACCCCGAGCCCUGCCUGCUGCUGCCCACGGGGCAGGUGCUGGACACGGGCACCAGCAGAGAC